CCCCCGCCCUCGCCCCACGUGCCCCUCGACCCCGCCCUUGCCCUCUACCCGCCCUACUACCCGUACCAGCAGCAGCAGCAGCAGCAACACGUAUCGCCCAUCCACCACCACCACCACCACCAUCCGCACCAGCAGGUCGUCGCCCUCGCCCCCGUCAUCUCCUCGCCGUCAUCCCACGGAUCGGGCACCCCGCCGCUGGACCCCUCCAACUACAUGGGUUCCUACGGCGCCUACAACGCCAACGGCAAGCGCACCGCCUCCCUCAUCUCCGUCGGCCAGGACGACGACGACCGCACCAAGCGCCCGCGCCACGACGCCGAAGAGGACGACGCCGACGACGCCUCCGCCGUCGAGAAGCAGGACGAGCCCAAGCCGAAACCGACGCGCGGCUCCCGGGCCUGCACCGUCUGUCGCCGGCUCAAGAUGAAGUGCGUCGGCGCCGAACACGGCCCGCCCUGCAAACGCUGCAUCGCCGGCAACCACGAGUGUAUCUUCGAAGAGUCCAACCGCGGCAAGCGCUCGACCAAGAAGCAAGAGCUGCUCGCGAGAUCGCUCCGCAAGAUGGAGCGCACGCUCGACACCGUGCUCAGAUCCCUCGGCAACCCGAGCAUCGCGUCCGGCAUGGUCUCCCGAUCGCCCUCGCCCUCGGGUCAGACCAUCACCACCCAGGCUCUCCUGCGCACCCCGUCGCCGCCUCCUCCUCCAGAACAACAGCCCUCGCGGCCAGCAACCGUCCGUCCUGCGUCGCCCAAGCUGCACUCCCUCCCCGACAAUUCGCUCAACCCGCUCGGCUUGCUCGCCGAAGCCAGCCUCGCCAACCGCCGAGCUCAGGCACCCGCUAACGCUGAAACCCGCAAGGUCGGCGUCGCCAGUGAAUUUUACUUCAGGCCGGGCCCAAUGACCAUCCUGCCCCUCCGGCGCCUCUACAUCGAGCGCCAGGUGCAGCCCGAAAUGCUCAGCUUUACCUCGACGGAGGAAGUCGUCCAGCUCUUCGACAUUUAUUUCGACCAUAUGAACCUCCAAUGCAACCUUCUCGACCGUGCCUUCCACACGCCCUCGCUCGUGUGCUCGCGAUCGCCAUUUUUGCUCACAACAAUUUGCGCCAUCGCUAGCAAGUUCUACCCAGCGCGGCCCGAGUUACAUCCUCGGCUCACGGACAUGUCGCGAAAGCUCGCGUUCGACGUCCCGGCGCAAGGCUACAAGUCGGUCGAAAUCGUGCAGGCCUACCUCCUUCUAGCGCUUUGGGGCUGCGGCCCUGUCGAGCGCUACGAGCAGGACCGCACCUGGCUCCUGCUCGGCAUGGCCAUCCGCAUGGCGACGGACCUCAACCUGCACCGCAAGACGGCCGUCGUCUCCGCGCCGACGGCCGAAGGACGCGCUCGGGACCGGGAGGUUCACAAUCGCGAGCGGACCUGGUACCUAUGCUUUGCGCUCGACCGCAGCUUCUCCGCCCAGAUGGGCAAGCCGCAUAGCAUCAAGGAGGAUUUCAUCAUCCGCGACUCGGGCCAUUGGUGCAACGCGCCGAACGCGAUCCCCUCGGACGCCGGGCUCGCCGCCUACGUCCACCUGCAGCGCAUCCUCUCCCGCAGCUUGGACCUACUCAGCUCCGGGACGACGACCGCCUCGGGGCUCCAGACGGACUGCGACUACUACCUCGUGAUCAAGACGCUCGAGGCGCAGGUCCUCGGCUGGCAUCAAGACUGGACGACGCGGCCCGUCGGCGGCGACGCCGGCGAGCUCCAGUUCCAGUACUGGCGCGUCAUAUCCGAGUUUUACACGAAUUACGCGCUGCUCGUCAUCAACUCGUUCGGGCUCCAGAACGCGCUCGAGCGCAGCCACAUCGACCUCGGCUACUUUUUCGUGCGCUGCCACACGACCGCGAGCAAGUGCGCGACGAUCGUGCGCGACGGGCUCGGCCCGCUCGGGUACCUCAAGUAUUCCCCCGACUCGCACUUCGUGCAGUGUUCUUACGCCGUGCUGACUUUGCUCAAGCUCAUCCGGCCCGAGUUCCAGCCGUUUAUGGAGCACGAGGAGAACACGAUCGCGCUCGUGAAGGACGUCGCGGACGUGUUGGAGAGCAUCGCCGCGGGGCCGAUGCAUACGCCGGCGCUGUACGCCACGUUGCUUCGCGCCCUGAUCUCCACCAGGACCGAGAACGGUCCACGCCCGGCCCCGGACGCGCAGCAGCCGCAGGCGCAGCACCAUCAGAACCAGCACGAGGCGGCGGGCCAGCCGACGCUGGUGGGCAACGUCGCGGGCGGGGAAGACCCGCACGAUCUGUCGUCGAUGCUCGCGCCGGACCAGUUCGAGAGCGAGAUGGGGCCCGUGCAGGACAUCUCGACGUUCCCGCCGACGAUGGCGCCGUCGUUGCACUCACACGCGAACGACCUGCUCUCGAUGGACACCAUUCUCUCGAGCGGCUUCUGGGAUAGCGUCAUCGUGCCGGGCUACUCCAACACGCUGGACAGCCUCAGCGGCGGCUUCGUGUACGGCGCGGGCGGGAGCGGUUUCAUUACGCCGCGGCUCGGCUUCUCGCCCGCGGCGUCGGGCGCGCAGACGCCUGUGCACGCAACCUCCCCAACGUCGGCGCCCGUGCACGAGGGCCUGCAUAACAUCAACGCCGCCCUGGCCGCAUCAACAGAGUCUAGAGGUGGCGAGGACGAGGCUGCUGCCGUGGCGGCGGCGGCGGCGGCGGCGCCCGAAGACGGCAAACCUACUCCGAGCUGAACAGCCAUACGACUGUGGCCAUACAUCUCCCGUUUACCCCUCCUCUACUAGUUUAUCGUGCUCCAUGCUUUUAACGCGGUUUUGUUUCCCUAUAUGUUUAUUGGGUUUUGUUUAUGCUGCUGCAGACGACAGACAAACGCAUGUACCGAUAGCUGGCCGGUUCUUCUCAUAGGGAUAUCCGAGUUCCGUUAUACAAGACCUCCGUCAUCGUCAUUACACCUGUCCCCAUUCACCCCCCCCCCCUACAACAACUUUAGCACACGCUGUAUCUGGUAUACGUAUUAGGGUCCGCGCCAUUUGUAUAUGUAUAUAACCUCG